UGCAGAGUAGCUUUUCUUAAUGCUUCCCAGUCUCUGUUCAGCGCGGUCUUUACUAAUCUCUCUGGACAGCUAAGGACACGUUGUUGAUGCAUAACUCGCCAUAAGACCAUGUCCGUUUAUGGCUGUAUUGUAUAAUUGUUUUGUAACAAGUCCCACUGCUUUUCAACGACUUCAGUAGUGAAAAUAACCUCUAGAGGAUAAUAAAUUGAAACGAAACGUUUUUCAGAUAGAUUGAGACAAAUAGGAAUGAUAGUCAUAGUGCAGUAGUUGCUUUUGAUGUUCUGUGCUGCUUAUCGACUGUGUGUGUGUGUGUGAUCGGUGAAACGGCGGCUGUUCCUUUCAUACAUGUCUAAACAAUGCAACUGUUUAAGCUCUUUAUGUGUCUCUCUUAAGGCAUCAGCAGUGAAUUAAUCAGGCCACAGAUAUAACGAAUUCCCCCAUAACUGAAUUUUGAAACUUCGCUGUUUACCUUUAUUACAAAUUUUACGGAAUUGUUUUCAGAGUGUCUGAGCAAGAUGUCUUCAGCAGCAUCAACUCCAACCAGCAAGCGGGGGCGGAGCAACCCAGCGACGCCUGCAAGUGAAGAUCCGCUGUCACCACCAUCCCAGGGGGCACGUGACCCCUCCACAGGUGACCUGCAGCAGAUGCCCACGUCUCCAGUGAUGAGUCCCACCCAACCAGACACCUCACUGUUCUCCAGCCCGGUCGGAUCACGCCGCUCCGCCCUUCAGAGUGAGGUGGAUAUGAGCUCUCCACUCAUGUACGGGACGCCCAGCUCCAGGGCGGAGGGGACACCACGCAGUGGUAUCCGUGGCACACCUGCUCGCCAGCGGCCAGACCUGGGCUCCGUCAGGAAGGCCCCACAGGUGGAUCUCCACUCAGAGCCACCCUCAGGAGACAAUGCUGUGGCCAGUGAGCAGGCAGCAGGCCAGAGACUGGUUAUCUGGGGAACUGAUGUGAAUGUUGGGUCCUGUAAAGAGAAGUUUCAGCGGUUCCUGCAGCGUUUCAUUGACCCCAGCUCCAGAGAGGACGAACAUGCCGGCCUGGACCUCAAUGAGCCACUGUAUAUGCAGAAACUGGAUGAGAUCAGUGUAGUGGGGGAGCCGGUCCUAGGCGUGAAUUGUGCUCAUCUGCAGGCGUUUGAUGCUGACCUGUACCGCCAGCUUAUCUGCUACCCUCAGGAGGUCAUCCCUACCUUUGACAUGGCGGUAAAUGACCUGUUCUUUGAGAGGUUCCCAGACUCCAUUUUGGAGCAUCAGAUUCAAGUGCGACCAUACAACGCCCUGAAAACCCGAAACAUGCGCAGCCUUAAUCCUGAGGACAUUGACCAGCUGAUCACCAUCAAUGGAAUGGUAAUCCGGACGUCCCAGCUCAUUCCGGAGAUGCAGGAAGCGUUUUUCCGCUGUCAGGUGUGCGCGUUUAUCUCUCGGGUGGAGGUGGACCGCGGGCGCAUCGCUGAGCCAGCUGUGUGCCGAAACUGUAACACCACCCACAGCAUGGCUCUCAUCCACAACCGCUCCAUCUUCUCCGACAAACAGAUGAUCAAGCUGCAGGAGUCUCCUGAGGACAUGCCGGCUGGACAGACCCCUCACACUACUGUGGUUUACGCCCACAACGACCUCGUGGACAAACUUCAGCCUGGCGACCGCGUCAACAUCACAGGUAUCUACCGCGCUGCACCCAUGCGUGUGAACCCCCGGCAGAGCCUGGUGAAGGCCGUGUAUAAAACACACAUCGACGCCAUCCACUUCCGUAAGACGGAUGAGCGUCGACUGCACGGUCUGGACGAGGAGGCGGAGCAGAAGCUGUUUACAGAGGAGCGUGUUGGCGCCCUGAAAGAGCUAGCUGCCAAGCCCGACGUCUACGAGCGUCUCUCCUCCGCGCUUGCACCCAGCAUCUACGAACAUGAGGACAUCAAAAAGGGCAUCCUUUUGCAGCUCUUUGGCGGGACUCGUAAGGACUUCAGUGAGACGGGCCGCGGAAACUUCCGCUCUGAGAUCAACAUCCUGCUCUGCGGAGACCCCGGGACCAGUAAGUCCCAGUUGCUCCAGUACGUUUACAACCUGGUGCCUCGUGGACAGUAUACCUCAGGGAAGGGCUCCAGCGCCGUGGGUCUGACAGCGUAUGUCAUGAAAGACCCUGAGACGCGUCAACUGGUACUGCAGACGGGUGCUCUGGUCCUCAGUGACAACGGCAUCUGCUGCAUCGACGAGUUUGAUAAAAUGAGCGACAACACGCGCUCUGUCCUGCAUGAGGUCAUGGAGCAGCAGACACUCUCCAUUGCCAAGGCAGGCAUCAUUUGUCAGCUGAACGCGCGCACGUCCAUCCUGGCCGCAGCCAAUCCCGUUGAGUCUCAAUGGAACCCUAAAAAGACCAUUAUCGAGAACAUUCAGCUCCCACACACUCUUCUGUCCAGGUUUGAUCUGAUUUUCCUCAUGCUAGACCCUCAGGACGAAGCGUAUGACCGCCGCCUGGGCCAUCACCUGGUCUCUCUGUACUAUCAGAGUGAAGAACAGAUAGAGGAGGAGUAUCUGGACAUGGCUGUGCUGAAGGACUACAUCGCGUACGCUCGCACGUAUGUUCAUCCCCGCCUCAACGAGGAGGCCAGCCAGGCUCUCAUUGAGGCCUAUGUCGACAUGCGGAAGAUUGGCAGUGGGCGAGGCAUGGUGUCCGCGUAUCCACGGCAACUGGAAUCUCUCAUCAGGCUCGCUGAAGCCCAUGCUAAGGUUCGCUUCUCCAGCAAGGUGGAGACCAUCGACGUAGAGGAGGCGAAGAGGCUCCACCGUGAGGCCCUAAAACAGUCUGCCACUGACCCCAGAACAGGCUUUGUGGACAUAUCCAUUCUUACCACAGGCCUCAGUGCCACUGCGCGGCGGCGUAAGGAGGAGGUGGCUCAUGCCCUGAAGAAACUGAUCCAGUUGAAAGGAAAGACGCCCGCCAUGAAAUACCAGCAGCUGUUUGACGAGCUGCGCGGGCAGUCUGAGGCUGCGAUUACGCGGGACAUGUUUGAUGAGGCUCUGCGAGCACUCGCAGAUGAAGAUUACUUAACUGUGACUGGAAAAACUGUUCGUCUGUUAUAGGGAUCCACUCAUGGAAGUUUUCACUGAUCCAAUGAACUUUGUUUGGCCCCUCUGCUUCCCUGCCUUCUCUUUUCCAUCAGGAUUUUCUAAUUUAUAGUUGCAGUGAAUUUGAUAUGAACUCCCUUCCCAAUUCACACUGAAGUGAAAGCCUUUGCUUGACCUUUUCCAUGUGGUUAUUGUAGCUGUUUGAAGGGAAAUGUGUUAUUGCAGACUCACUCCUGCAGUGGUGUCAUGGGGAGUGGACACUGGUCUUACAGAGUGUUGACAUUACAUACACAACUUCAUAUUCUAUUAAUGUGUUUAAGUGUUAACUCACAACAAUAUAAGAUAUUUGUAAAUUUAACAUGUUUAUCAUUGUUUGAAAAAAAUGUCACAAUAAAAUCUUGCUGUGGUUACUAUA